AUGUUACGUUUUGGCGUAGCAUUAUCGCACUUUUAUUUAUUUAUUUAUAAGGAAAAGAUGACUGAUAUUGAAACUCCACCAACAUCAGCUGAUAUACAAACAUCAGCUGUUGAAAACGAACAAGUACAACCACAAUCUCCAGAGACUGAUAGUUUAUUGUCUCCUCAAUCAUCUGUUGUCUCAUUGUCAUCGUCAACAGCAAACACAACGAAUUCCCAUUCAUUAGAAUGUCGCUAUACAUUUUGGUUCACACAUCGUCCAACAACGUUUAGAAAUAGUGCAUUAAAUUACGAUUCAUGUUUAAAAAAAUUAGGCACAUUCGGCACAAUUGAAGAAUUUUGGACGUAUUAUGAUCACAUGAAAGUACCAGGUGAUUUACCAUUAUAUAGUGAUAUUCAUCUAUUCAAAGAAAAUUUAAAACCAAUGUGGGAAGAAGAAGGUAACCGAAAUGGUGGAAAGUGGAUAUUACGUUUAAAAAAAGGUUUAUCGAGUCGUCUAUGGGAACUGUUGAUAUUAGCCGUUAUUGGUGAACAAUUUCAAGUUGGAAAAGAAAUAUGUGGAAUUGUAUGUUCAAUUCGUCCACAAGAAGAUCUCAUUAGUGUAUGGACAAAAACAGCCAAUAAUCAAAAUGUCACACAUCGUAUAAGAGAAACAAUGAAAAAAGUAUUAAAUUUGCCUGUUGAUUAUAUGCCUAACGAGAUAACUAAAUCAUUUUAUUUUCGUUCGCCUAGUCCAUUUUGGUGCUUUAUUAUUCCUGUAUCGCUCGUUUACUUGACAUUAUGUGCAUAUUGGCCUGAUAUCAUACCAUUUCAUAAACUUGGCUAUUUAGGAACAUUUUCCGCCUAUUUAGUUCAAAAUCAUCGUUUAUUAGUUGUUCUCAUAUUUUGGGCAGCAUUAGCAAUUCAUGUCUAUGAAAGUGUUUUAGCUGCCAACUAUUCAUCAAAAGCAAAUUUAGAUAAGAAAUCUAUUAAUCUAUGGUCAUUUCAAACAUUUCUAUUAGUUUUUAUAAAAAUGUCUGAGCCGAAAAUAAAUUUAAGUGAAGAAGAAUGGCGAGUUAAAUUAUCGCCUGAACAAUUUCGGGUAUUGCGUCAAAAAGGAACGGAAUCACCUGGUACAGGUGAAUACGAAAAUACUGAAAAAGAUGGAAUAUAUAAAUGUGCUGCAUGUGAUGCUCCAUUAUACAGUUCAUCAUCAAAAUUUCAUUCCGGUUGUGGUUGGCCAGCAUUUUUCGAGGGCAUUCCCGGUGCUAUUACUCGAAAAACCGAUGCUGAUGGAGAUCGUACUGAAAUUUUAUGUUCAAAUUGUGGUGGUCAUUUGGGACAUAUAAGGGAAGAUAGUCAUGGAUUAUUGAGACGGUUAACAACAUUAAUUAUUAAGAAUAUUCAAUUGAACAAGUUGUUACCGGUACCCGAUUAUCCCAAAGAAUACACUGUUCGUCAUGAUUGUUUACAAAUUAUUUUUAGAUUAUUAAUAAAAAUGACAAAAUUAAAAGAUCAGCAACAGUCAGUCUAUUCAAAUCCAAUGGAACAAUUAUCAAAAAUUGUUAAAAAAACGAAUAAGAAAAACUUUUUAAAAAAUAAAAAAUUGAAAAAGAGUUUACCAAAAAAUGUAUUUGAAAUUGUUAAAGAAGAUGGAAAAAUUGAACGAAUCGAUCCAAAUGAAAAACAGAAAACAAAUGACGAACAAGAGAUAACAAACGAUUCAAGUACCAUAAUUCUUUCAAAAAAGAAAAAAAAGAAACAAUUAGUAGAAGAAAUUGAUCCAAUAACAAAUGAAAAAACAAAAAAAAAGCGAAAACGAAAUUGGGAUAAGUUAAAUUAUGAAAAAUUUUCAAUUACAACAAAUCGUGAAUAUGAAAAAGGCUUACAACGUAUAGCUACCCGAGGUAUUGUUCAAUUAUUUAAUACCGUAAGAAAACAACAAAAAGAUUUGUCAGAUAAAUUGAAUUCAGCUGGAAAAUCAGAGCGAAAACGAGAUAAAAUAUUAUCGACAACAAUAAAUAAGGGAGAAUUUAUUGAUAUGUUAAAAACAAUUGAUGAUGAAACAUCAUACAAAGUUGUGAAUGGAAAGAGUUCAACAGCAACAAAUCGAACCACAAAACCAUCGUGGAAUGUAUUGCAAGAUGAAUUAAUGGCGAGUGUCGGGAAUACACAUGACGGCGAUAGUGACAACGAUGAAACUUAA